GUAUGAAUGACAUGAUUAUAUUACUCUUUAAAUCUGUGAUCCUGCUUCAGGCGGGGACUUUCAUGUACCACGGGCACUACGGGAUGCAGAGAGCGGCUGGUCUGAAUGGGUUGAUCAUCGUCUCGCCGCGGCUGGGCCGUCCUGAGCCGUUCACGUAUCAUCACGAUCGGUCAAUACUAUUGACAGACUGGUACCACGCCAGCACUUUCGAUCAAGCUGUCGGCCUCUCCUCCGUACCCUUCGUUUUCGUCGGGGAGCCGCAGUCGCUUCUUAUCAACGGAAGAGGGGAGUACAAUUGCUCGCUGGUGGCGAAGACGCCGGCGCCGGGAACCGGGAAUGGGUCCAUCCCCACCUGCAAUUCAAACAGUCCUGAAUGCGCUCCGUUUUCGUUAACUGUUGUCCAUGGCCGCACCUAUCGCCUCAGGAUCGGCAGCUUAGCUUCACUGUCGACUAUUAGUUUCCAAAUAGAGGGCCACGAGAUGACGGUGGUGGAAGCGGAUGGGAGCUACGUGGAACCGUUUGUGACGAAGAACCUCAUCAUCUACUCCGGCGAGACGUACUCGGUCUUGGUGAAAGCGGACCAACCGCCGACGAGGAAUUACUGGCUCACGACCAGCGUCGUUGCCCGGAAACCCGCGACGCCAAACGGUUUGGCGAUCUUCAACUACUAUCCGAACCACCCGCGCCGGAAUCCUCGCACUUCCCCGCCAGCGGGGCCUCAGUGGAACGACACCGCAUCGCGUUUGUCUCAAAGUCGGGCCAUUAAGGCCCGGAAAGGCUACUUCGAGAGUCCGCCUCAAAAACCGGAUCGGGUCAUCGAGCUGCUCAAUACCCAAAACAAGAUCAACGGCCAAUUUAAAUGGUCGUUAAACAACCUAUCCCUCGCCCUUCCCUCCACUCCUUAUCUGGUCGCGCUCAAGAAAAACUUGAAGGGAGUUUUCGAUGCAGAGCAGCCACCGGAUCAGAACGCCAACACGAUGACUCCAAACAAUAGUGAAUCGCACCCCUGGCAUCUCCACGGGCAUGAUUUCUGGGUUCUGGGGUAUGGGGAAGGGACGUAUGAUUCGAAUCGGGAUCCUCAAUACUACAAUCUCGUGGACCCGAUCAUGAAGAAUACGGUGCCCCUGCAUCCCUACGGAUGGACAGCUAUCAGGUUUCGAGCUGACAACCCAGGAGCGUGGUUCUUCCAUUGCCACAUUGAGUCUCAUUUCUUCAUGGGAAUGGCAGUGGUGUUUGAAGAAGGGAUCGGAAUGGUUGGGCGUCUACCUUCCUCCGUUAUGGGCUGUGGCAAAACCAAG